AUGGAGUCUACGCUAAUCACGAGAUUACCCCCCCUCCUCCCCUCUCCCUCCAAGUCCAGCCCCCUCUCCUCACCCCCCCUCGCCGGAGCGCGCCGCAUCGCCUCCAUUUCCUUCUCUUCCGUCAGCGUGUGUGGCGUCUUGCGUCCCCGCGGCGGCGUUACCUCGUCGGUCACCGCCGCAGCAGCGGCGCUCGGCGAGGCCGCAGAGCCCGGGUCUGAGGCCAUAUUGCUCAGUGUUCAGGGCAUGAUGUGCGACGGGUGCGCUGCGAGUGUGAAGCGGAUUCUCGAGAGUCAACCUGAGGUUACUUCUGCUACAGUUGAUUAUAAGGAAGCAAGGGCUGUCGUGUGGACAACUCCUGAUGUCAAGGUGGCAGAAGAUUGGCAGAAACAAUGUGGAGAGAAACUCGCAAGUCAUCUUGGUACUUGUGGAUUUGAGUCUCGCCCACAAGGAAUGGACUAUCACUAA